UUCCCUUUGGUUUCAUUUGAUCAACAAUCAUCAUGACCUGUCCAAAAUGUGGACCGACGAGUCUCGCGAAACCACGGGCGAUUUCUAAACCAAAAGAAGCCUUUUGUAAGCGAGCAGGACUAAAUUUGGACUGAAUCUGGAGUGUCGCAGGAGAGCGCUCCGGAUUGUUUAUCGCGACGCUUCGUAAACAGACGAAAGAGCGCACUUUAAAGUUCACGCGAUUAUGUGAGUUGCAUCAUGGCUCUCUCAGGCCUCACAUCCCAGCAGAUGGAGCAGCAGGAGGUUGAGGAUGAGUUCACCUGUGCAGGUGUGUUGAGGGGGGCGCUGGUGGCUCUGCAGCCCAGCGUCGAGCGAAUCUUUGGGGUGAAGCUGAGUAUCGGAGGAGAGGACGCUCUGUCUGCGCAGAGCGGACUGAUCUGGCUGCAGCUGCGGGGGACUGCAGGAGACGUGCAGGCAGCCAAGCUUUUUGUGAAAGGUGUCGUCAAUCAGGAAACUCAGCAAGAGAUCCAGUUUCCUGAAGUGCUUAACUGUGUCUUCUGUGGUGCUAAAGGGCUGUUUAUGGAUUGCCUGAUUAAAAAUACCUCCGCUCACAUAGUGGUGGGAUCUCAAGGCAUCGUCCUCAUAACCGGGCUGGCAGAACCUGUAGUGAAAGCCUAUUCCUUUAUUACAGACCUGGUGGAGAAGUACAAGAGCAGCCAGGGACGGCGUACUGAGGCUGGACUCGAAUCCUUGGAGUCGCGUCGGGCCUUCAAAGCCAUCGUGGAGAGUCUGGAGGACCGUCACACCCUAGACCUGCUAGUGUUACCUGUGCUUGUGAAAGAGGUUCUGCUGGAUUUGGUGAAGCAGUCUGGAUUGGACUCGUAUGCAAAGUGGGACCGGGAAAGUUUGAUCCCGUUCAAAGGCAAUGGUUCAUGGGCGAAGCAAAGAACUGUUGAUGAAAUUGAUUUUGGAGGCUCUGAAGGACGUCUGAGAUCGAAUUAUAAUGCAGAGAACUCACCUUCCCAGCAGCCAGUUUUUUUUCAACAAUCUGCCCAUCACAGAAUUAAUGGCACGGAUGAUUUCAGCAGCAAAUCCAGCAAUCCUUUUUCCCAAGGUUUGACCAUUGACCCAACACUCUUAGAGUCUCCAGAACAAGGUUCGCCACAAGAAACCGAAUCUAAAACACCAUCGCAGAAUGCUGUUCUGUUGUCUGCAGGGAGCAGAGAGGAUUUCGACCACCUCCUCAUGUUCUUCACCACAAUGGGAUUUGCAGAGGACGUGGUGCAAGCUGUUCUAGGCCGAACCGGUCCCAAAGAAGCCUCGCAGCUUCUGGAUUUGAUCCAGCAAGAGCAGGACAAAACCGGCCAGCGAAACCGCCGCAGCGAGUCCCAGAAUGUGACGGGAAUUGGUGGAGAAAUGCAUGAGGCACUUCAAAUACUAGAAGCCAGUAAAGGAGAACCCAAUGCUAAAGAGGAAGACUUUGUCUUGGAUGUGUUGAAGAAGGCCGCGGCCACUUGUGGCUACACCGAAGAGACCGUAAUGGAAGUGUGCAGCAAUCUACCCGAGCUCAAGCCACACGAGCUGCUCAUGCAACUGCAGAAACAAGGAGAGGUGAACAGGACAAGAGGUGGCAGUAAAAAAGCUGAUUGGAAGAUUGGUCCAAAUUCAGUUGCAGAUCUCGACACUGGGAGUGGAAAGGCCGAAGCAGAGAUGAGCACCACAAAAGUAGACACAUCCAAACCAGUGAACAUUAAUGGUAGGCCUUUAUCGGUGAGAGGCCCACCGCAGACCACAUACUCCUUUGAAACCUUAGACUCCGAAGUACAACCAAUGGAUUCACAUGUCCAAGUGCCUCCACGGACUAUCCGUCAGAACCUGGAUUUCAGUUCCCCAAAUAUCUCCAACCAGUCCAUUUCACACAAACCUCAACACGGCAGAUCAGGUGCAGCAUCUGUGGUCACAGGACCUCAGCGGUUCCUCGAGAGCCUCAAGACGCCCUUCAAACUGCAGCUGUCGGAUGAGCCUGGUGACCCCAUGCUGCGGCAGAUCAUCAUUGAUGGGAGCAAUGUCGCAAAGAGUCACGGUUUGGGGGUGUUUUUCUCCUGUCGAGGCAUCGCUCUGGCCGUACAGCAGUUUUGGACGAGAGGUCAUCGUGAAAUCACUGUGUUUGUCCCUCAGUGGAGACAGAAGAACAACUCAAACGUUAAAGAAAGGCAAUUCCUGACUGAACUCCACGAUCUGGGUUUCCUCAAAUACACUCCAUCCAGAGAGGUCGAGGGCAAGAGAAUCAACUCAUAUGAUGACCGAUUCAUGCUGGAGCUGGCGCAGAAGACGAAAGGAGUGGUUGUGACCAAUGACAACCUGAGAGAUCUGGUGAAUGAGUCGCCCGCGUGGAGAGACAUUAUAAAGAAAAGUUUGCUUCAGUACGUGUUUGCUGGUGAUCUUUUCAUGUUACCCGACGAUCCUUUGGGCCGCGGUGGUCCUCAUCUGAGAGACUUCCUACAUAAACACAACAGUAGUUUACCUGUUCCAGGCAGUCACUCGUACGCAGGUGCAUCUGCGUCCUUUCCUCAUUCACCUGCGGUGCCGCACGCUCACACCGAAGUGCUGCGCUACCGAGACUGGACACCGGGGGGUCACAGCAGAGGUCAGGGGUCAGGCAGAGGUCCGUGGGAUGAGGGCGAGGGGCGUCAGGAGGUCAGGGAGAGGACGGUGGAGGAGACGCUGAAGCUGCAGAAGAGAUUAGUGCAGGUCUUUCCUGGCCAGGAAAGCGUGAUCAUCAUGAUCCUGCAGUGCCACCCGAGCAUCAGAGACGUCAGCCGACUCACGGACCUCAUCCUGGAACAACAGGAAUAAACACAGACGUGUGACCGGCAGCACUGAUCAAUACAAAAGAAGAUUCCUGACAAAAUAAUAAUUUCUUACCACUCCAGAGCUAUUUGAAUCCCAUCUGUCUUCUAAUGUGCUUUCGUAAUUUAUAAUUUACAUAAUUUAUAUCCAACAAGUGUGUAUGAGUUUGUAUUAACUUUUUAACAUUUUUAAACCACAACUGUGCUUUAGUAUGUGCUUCUAGGAGUUUUUAAUCUGAAAUGUUAACACUUGAUACUAUUUAUUUUCACAUGAUGUAAGGAUAAUGAAAAGAUAACGAGUGUCAGAGACCAAAUCAAGCAAAGAAUAUGCCUUAAAGAGUUUACUUAUAUAUUUUUCUUGUUUUCAUGGUUUUCUUUCAGGGACUACGGAUGUACACGAGCAAUGUUGCUAUGCUCUGGAAUGUUUACAUUUUGUAUUUUUAUACAGAUGUUCAUUAAUGUGCUCUGUCCCUAUUAAACAGCUCCAUAAAUCA